GAUGAAAGUUGACGAUCGUGAAGAUGAAGAUGAAAUGGUUGUAGAGGAUAGUGUCUGUGAAGUUCACAAUUCACAAAGUGUUGAUCAUGAAAAUGACAUGAGUUGUGAUUCUAACAUUCAUGCUUACUGUCUUGAGAAAAUUGAGAAACUGGAACAUGUGGUACAGCAAAAGGACUCUGAACUUAAAGACAAGACCUAUGAGCUCGCAAGUUUAAACCAGAAAUUACAAAUGGAACGGUUCGGAGUAACAAGAUUUUCUUACGACCAUGAAAUGAUAGAGUUUUAUACUGGAUUUCCAACUUUUGAUUUAUUUUUAAUUUUCUAUUCUGCUAUCAAGCCUACUGCAACAAGAAUGAAAACUGUGUAUUAUAAGUCUUCUGAGGAACCCAGCAAUAGAGGACGUCCAAAGUCAAUGGAUCCUAUUGAUGAACUGUUUAUGUUUUUAUGUAGGUUAAGAUGUGGUUUUCUGACUGAGGACUUGUCAGUAAGAUUUAACAUUCAUGCAUCAACAGUAAGCAGAAAAAUAAUAACUUGGACAAAUUAUUUAUAUUUCAUAUUGGGUGGCAUUAAUAUCUGGCCUAGUAGGGGUAAAAUAAUGGAGCAUAUGCCACAGGACUUCAAACUUCUGUACCCUAACACGCGUGUGAUAAUAGACUGUACCGAAAUUUUUACAGAAAGACCUUCUUCUUUAGCCUUGGCGUCAAAAACCUUUUCAUCAUACAAAAGUCACAACACCUGGAAAGGACUGGUCGGAAUAUCGCCACAUGGUGCUAUCACUUUCAUUUCUGCAUUAUAUUCUGGAUGUAUGUCCGACAUAGAAAUUACGAAGCAUAGUGGACUUAUUGACUUAUUAGAACCAGGAGACCAAAUAAUGGCGGAUAAAGGGUUUAUUUUAAAUAAAUUACUUAAAGAUACAGGUGUGUCAAUAGCUACGCCACACUUCCUUUGCAGUGAUGGACAGUUUACACCGUCACAAAUUGAGGACAAUCAAAAAAUUGCAUCCUUAAGAAUACAUGUUGAGCGGCAUAUAAAGCGGGCUAAAGAAUAUAGACUUUUACAGUAUACAGUCCCACUUUCAUUAGCUGGAUCUGUGAAUCAGUUAUGGACUGUUGCUAAUCUAUUGACUCUGUUCAGAAGACCAUUAAUUAAGCAAAAAAACUAA